GGGAGGCCGACAGGAUCUGCGCGCCAUUCUAAGAACAAGAACACUUCUGCGCAUCGUGCAUGUGCGAAAAUUCAUUUCUUCGAAAAAAUCGACUUUUCUUGUAAUAUUUAAAUACUACAACUUAUAUUCUAAUGCUUAUCUAGUGUAACAGAGCAUCUAGACUCUCCAGGUUGGUCUGAAAGGCUGGUGAUAAGGCAACACUGAUGCACCGAUUAAUCUCCGCGGUUGUGAAUCAGCCGGGCUAUCUUGUCAUUAUCAACCAAUCAUUCAUAAAAGCUUAAGUCAUGGUCAUGGAAACCCCCAGUCCUCAAUGUGUUGGCCGUGAAUUUGUCAGGCAGUAUUAUACCUUGCUUCAUGAGGCACCCAGUUACCUACACAGAUUCUACAGCCACAACUCCAGUUUUGUUCAUGGCGGGGUGGAGAAGCCUGGUGAAGAACAGCCACCAGUGAUGGGGCAAGGUGAAAUACAUAAGAAGAUCAUGUCCCUCAAUUUCCGAGAUUGUCACGCUAAGAUUCGCCAGGUAGACAGCCAGGCCACAGUAGGAAGCGCUGUGGUGGUACAGGUGACGGGAGAGUUGUCCAACAACGGUGAACCAAUGCGUCGCUUCAUGCAAACGUUUGUGUUAGCACCGCAGUCUCCUAAGAAGUAUUACGUACACAAUGACAUCUUUCGCUACCAGGACGAGGUGUUCCAUGAUGAUGAUAACGACCCAGACAACCUGGAAGAGAAUGGGGAAUCUGAGACGGACACGAAUGAUGCUGCUGUUCUCCCGGAAAAUGUUCAAGAUCCAACAGUGACAACAUCGUUUUUUGACACUGCGCCAUCACCACAGCCAAUGAGUAAUGGCAGUGUCCACAUGGAGGAUCAGGUGGAGUCACCCACUGAGGAACCGGUGGAGGAAGAUGUUCCUGAGGAGGUGCCUCCACAAGACGAAGACUUUGAGGUGGACAACAGCCCCAAAUCUACUGAGGCAGAGGCAGAAACUGAACAGCCAGCGUUCCCUGUGGAGACGAAGCCGUUCUCAUGGGCUGCUCUCGCCAGUAAGAAUACCAGCAGCGGUGGUUCAGGUGUGGCUGCCAGCGGAGGGGGACCCGCCAAGGUGCCCCCUGUCAAAAUGGAGCCCAAGUUGGAGGGUCCCCCAGGUGGACCACCGCAGCCACAGCGAGGACCCAGGUCAGCUCCAGACAACAUGAGACCCCAAAGGGACAGGCGCGACCGUGGAGACAGGCCGCCGCGCCCUGAGGAUGCAGAUCCAGAACGUGGGAGCCGACCAUCUUCAAGGUAUCCGGACAACCAGCAACUAUUUGUGGGCAACCUGCCCCACAACAUUGAACAGAAGGACCUUCGAGCAUAUUUUGACACAUUUGGCAAAGUCUUGGAAUUGAGAAUCAACACAAAGAACACCGGUGCUUCUAAAACACCUGGGUUUGGGUUUGUGGUAUUUGAAAGUUCAGAGCCAGUUCAGAAAAUUCUCAGUGAAAAGCCAAUAAUGUAUAAAGGAGAACAUCGUUUGAACGUAGAGGAAAAGAAGAGUGGCCGACCGGGCAGUAACCCACGUAGCAGUGUGGGGCGUGGAGAUCGCCUUGGCGGGGGUGGACGUGGCGCUGGCCCUCUACCUGGGCGUGGCGGAGGGCGUGGUGGGGGAGGGAGCAGUGCAAGCAGACCAGACAAUCGCGGAGGACGAGGAGGGAGUUUUGGCGGGCCAAGACGUUAGACAGUUUGUCUUUUCAUGGUGCUUGCUUGAAAGUAUGCAAUUCUAGUGUCUUGAUCGGGUGCAAUGAAAACCAGGAUCCCCCGACUACAUACCUUGAAUUCGGAACUUGGAUUGACCAAAUCUGUAAUCAACUUGGAAGGAAUGAUCUCAUAGAUACAUUUUCCACUCAUCGCCAAGUGAUAUGAUCCCGCACAGUAAAGACCAUGUGUACAAUUGCCAGAUUCUGAUGGGUGGAUUUCAUGUUAGAAUUCGUCUAGGAAUUGCAUAUUUUCAUUCAACUUUGCAACUUGUCUGUGUUGUUUUGUCCUUAUCAACGCUUCUUCAAUCUUUCCAGUGGACUUGAUCACAGCAGAAAACAAACAAAAAUAAAAA